AUGCCUUCCUUGAUGGAUCUCCCGCAAGAGAUCCGUGCCAUAAUCUUCGAAGAGGUAAUCAAUGGCCAUCGCGUCCCACCCACAUCUCCAUCCAAAUCGAACAUGGUGGAUAUUAUGGACAUGGAAUACAAAGCCAAUAUGGGGCCUUUCAGGCCAUAUUACGAGCAGCGUGAUACGCAUAGCCCAUCCAACAGUCUCCCUCUCCUCCUGACAAGUCGUCAAGUCUCAAUUGAAACUCAAUCGACCCUAAAUCGAAUGAAGAGAACCACCUACGUCCUAGACAUCUCAGUUCUGAAUGAUCGGGAUCUGUUUUCGGCUUGGAUCUCGGUCCCACGACUCACAACACGUCUAUCUACACUGCACGUAGAUAUGCGCCUUUUCGGCCACAUAAUCACCAGCGAAGAGGGGCGUGGGCAAAUGGGCUGUGGUGGUCGCUACGGGUUCCAUUGGUCGUUCUACGCAUUGCUGGAGCGAUUCUUACGGUAUGGACCAGUGGGCGCGAAGAAAGGGCGCUGCAACUCGUACGGAGACCCCUCCUACGAGGACCGUCAGAUCUCUGUUGAAAAUCUCGUGCUCGACUUUCACCCGGCCGAGACGGAGCUACCAUAUCCCCCUGAUGACAUUGGAUACACCGAGUGGUUGGAUAAACAUGACGGUCGACUCUGGAUUGAUGAAGAGACAGACAUGUCUCCAGCGUAUAAACCACGUCCUGAGUGGCUUUUGCGCUAUUUGAGAUAUUGGUUGGAGUAUAUCACUGAUAUGAGCUACCACACCGCGUACUAUGGGGCAUUUGUCUAUGAGAGAAUCGGUACCAUCUCCAUGCUGGUGGAUGGAAGGCUGGAGACUACCAUUGAUCUUGCAGGUGAAUUGGCCAGGUUGCACUUUGACAGUCCUGCCCAAACCAUGGGGCAUCUGCCAUCGGAAAUUCGGUUGUCUGAGUAUUGGAAGUGGAAAAAGGCGACACUCCAAAGAAGGGAAGCUCUUGGAUUCCCAGUUGUGUGGCCACAGGACCUGGAGAGGGAGUGA